GCGAAAUGGACCUCGUCGUCCAAGGUGCCUUCAUGCUGAUGGAGAGCCAUCAGAGGCAGCAGCGGGAGAUUACCCGGCUAAAGGAGAUCGAGCAGAAGGCUGCUUCGGCCGAGGAGGCCAUGGGCUGCUUGGACCGGCUCUGGGAGGAGGUGGCGGCCAUGAAGAAAAGGGUCGAUGAGGCUGAUGCGGCCUAUCACCAAGUGGCGGCCGAUAGGGAUGACGCCCUGAAGGAAAAAGAUGAGGCGUUGAAGGGUCGUGAAGAAGCCUUGCGUCGUGCUGAAGAGGCCGAGAAGGCCAGAGCUGAGGCUGAGAAGACUGCUGAGGAGGCCGCUGAUGCUGCCAUUGACAAAUUCUUGGCCGACGGCUGGAAAGCGGAAGAACGUCGGCCCUGGUGUUGUGAGGUGGUGGUGGCCCAGCUAGAAGACUAGGGCCAGAAUUGUCCUGCCGGUCAGGAAUACUUCCAGAGGGAGAUGUUGGUUUAUUACGACAUGGGUCAAUAGCGGAUGCAACGGCUGAUCUAUCGUAGGCUCCACAGGCGGUUUACUGAGCUCAAGCUGAUGAAAAGCUUCGCCGCCAAGCUGAAACUGCCCCCGAAGAUGUGGGACCUGGAGGACGACGUCAAGCUCCCUGUGGAGGAGAGGCAAGAUCCUAUCCUCAGUUCCGACAUCGGUAAGGAGGAUUGGGGCGAUGAUGAUAUUUUCGUAGAUACUGCCAACUCCAAGUCCGAUGAGGCCGCUGGUACAUCAGUUCAGGAUGUCGCCGAAGAAGACGCCUGAUCUCUUCUCUACUUUAUUUUUUGUUGAUAUGUCACGACCGUAGUGCCUGUAUAUGUAAAGGCCGUUGUGCCCCCACUUUGUACUUCUGAUUCAUGAAUGAAAAUGCUUAGCCGCCACUUCGGGCCUUAAUAUCUU